AAGAAAAGAAACCCCACUCAUCUUUGAUCUAAUCCCUGGCUCCAGUUUGAAACAGAAGAGGAUUCUUGUGAUUAGUGAUAUUUAAUAAGGAAUCAAAAUGAGACACAAUCAGAUCUGCUGUCCGACACCUACACAUUCGGGUCUCGUAAAGUCCGUGGCAAGUAGAUCGCAUCAACCCAAAAAGGCUGUUAAUUUAAAACGUCCUAUUUUUAAAGAUUGCUGGGAAACUGCGGGAACGAACAUGCAAAAUAGUACCCUGACUAAACGCCCCAAAGAACCGUGCAUACUUGUUCAGCGUCAAGAAAUGACUGCUUUCUUUAAACUAUUUGACGAUGAUUUAAUUCAAGACUUUUUAUGGAUGGAUCACUGCUGUAAAGUUGCAGAUAAGUAUCUUCUGGCUAUGACUUUUGUUUAUUUCAAGAGGGCUAAAUUCAGUAAACAUGAACACACUAGGAUCAAUUUCUUUACUGCUCUGUAUCUGGCUAAUACAGUGGAAGAGGAUGAAGAAGAGUUAAAAUACGAAAUUUUUCCAUGGGCUUUGGGAAAAAACUGGAAGAAAUUGUUUCCUAAUUUCUUAAAGUUAAGAGACCAACUCUGGAAUAGAAUUGACUGCAGGGCUAUUGUAAGCAGACGGUGCUGUGAAGAGGUAAUGGCUAUUGCUCCAACUCAUUAUAUAUGGCAAAGGGAACGUGCCAUGCAUCAUGGUGGAGCUGUAAGAAGCUACAGCAGAGACGGAGUCCCGAUGCCUCGGGGUCCUAAUGCUACACCUGAGGAUUGUUCUCUCUGUGGUAAAAAAAGAUGUGUGGAACUUGGAUUGUCUUCAUCUUCCCAUUCCAGCAGUAGCCUCUUAGAGCUCAUAGAAAACUAUGAAGCCCGGGAAUCCCCCACAGCGUUGCCUGUCAGCGAAUUAGAUGAACCACCUCAAUCUUACUGUUCCCAAGUUCCUUAUGAAAGCCUCUCAGACAAGGAAGGGAAAACAAGUUGCGUGAACCAAGAUAAAUCCAUGGAGUGGUUUACAGGAAUCGAAGAAUGAAAGGGCU